GCUGUUCUCCGCCCGCUGCCCCGCCUGCACGCGCCCCAUCUCCCCCACGGAGCGCGUGCUGCGCGCCCCGCUCAGCGGGCGCCCCUUCCACGCUCGCUGCUUCCGCUGCGCGCUCUGCAGGGCCACGCUGCGCCCGGGGGACCGGUUCCUGCUGCUCAGGGACGGCAGCCCCGCCUGCAGCGGCCACGGGGGUGGUGGAGGUGGCGGUGGCAAGAGGUUGAAACGGCCACGGACGAUCCUCACCCCGCAGCAGAGGAGAGCGUUCAAGGCCUCCUUUGAGAUGUCCUCCAAACCCAGCCGCAAGGUGAGGGAGAUGCUCGCUGCUGAGACCGGCUUGAACGUGCGGGUGGUGCAAGUCUGGUUCCAGAACCAGCGCGCCAAGCGGUGUCGCCUUGCAGACUCCCCAGUGUCGGCAGCAGCGGCGGUGAGGAUGGAGGAGCGGGCUGGGGUUGGUGGAUCACGGAGGGAUGAGACUCACUUCCCACCAGCGGAACCCUUUGGGGAGGGUCUCACCCCACCGCUCCUGCCCGGGGAUCACCUUCACCCCUAUGGCCACGCGAGCUACUUCCACUGCGGGGGAGACAGGAAGCCGCAGCACUGCAUUGUGGGUCACGCCGAGCCACUUCCUCUGCCUCCUGCCGCUGCUGCUGCUGCUGCUGCCCGCGCCAAGCUGGGCAAUCCCAUCCAGCAUCUGUACUCGAUGCAGAGUGCCUACUUCACCUCCUAGGGCUCAGCCAGUCCACCCACCCACCCACCAGCCAGUCCACCAGC